GAACGGUGAUCCUGAUGUUAGUCUCUCUAGGGCGUACGCCAAGCCCUUGCGAUCGAUUUCUGAAGCGCAAGUACCAGUGCGCUACACUGACGACUUGCUCCUUAAUUAAACCUUCUCGUCGGCCCCCCACCGGUCACCUCUUUGCUUUGGAUAGAGCAGAUCUUCUAAAAAUGACGGCGUGCCUGCAAGUCAUGCCGACGAACGCAUUAUUAUUAUUACUGAUACGAGUCCUUGGGUGAUGGGAAUUGACCUGCCCAGCUCCGGGCUUUACCAUGGACACCGGGAUCUCGAUCAUGUCGGCAUUCUGUGACUGGCGAUUACACCGUCGGUUUUCGCCGUAAUCGUGCCUGACUAUCAUAUGAUACACAGCGACGAGGAAAAUCACAUCUUGGGCCUAAAUGCAUGAAGUGGAUAAUCGAGGUCUAUCUAUCUCACAUUUUGUCUGUUCUGUCUUGCAACUGUAGGAUUUUUUUUUUAUUUUUGAUAUAUUAUUUCCUUUUUUUUUGGGACGGACAACAGUCUGAGACCCAGUCGACCCAUUCGUCUGGAAAUAUACUCCCCUGCCUUGAUUCGAAAAGGGGGCAGGGGGGGAGGGUUUGGGCCCCGGUAAAUACCAUUUUUAUAGUAUCCUAUUUUCUGCAGGUUGAAGCAUAUCAGACCUCCAUGCUUUUUCUCUCCAGCUGGGGAAACCGACGCCUCACGCGAAACAGUGCAGGGGACCCUCCAUUCAAAACUAGCGCACCCAGGGUUAAGGUCAAGCAAAUCUGCGGCUCGAGUUCCCAAUCGCAGUACCCGGAUUCGGGGAAAAGACGCUAUUCUUGGCAACUGGCAGGGGAUGGUAGUUCCGCGCCAACAAAACACGUUACUGGGGCGAACCUGAGCUUUUCCCUUGACCAAAUCAGAUCGAGGCAGCCGGGGGAAGAAUUCUACGAGUGCAGUAGGGAUUGACAGGUAUCGUGAGCAGUACUAGUCCCUAUGAGGCACCACUUGGAGAAGGCUCCCCACCUUUCAAGACUCGCUGACGGUCCGUCGAACUAAAUAAU